CGAAAAGCUCCUUUUCUUUUCCAAAUUAGCUUUUUUUAGUUUUAUUCUUCUUCAGUAUGACUGAUAACAACACUGCUGUCGCCACUGCUGCAGCUACACAUGAAGAACAACGACAACAGGAUGGGCCCCAACCUGAAUUCACUUCACAACUGCUUGCACAUAGUCAAUCGUCCCAUAUACCUCUACCACCUCCCCAGAUACCUGCCCAUGAAGAGCAAAUAAACUUGAAUGAUAUUGCACCACAACCUUCUAAAUCGUCCCUUCAUCGCUCAAAAACAGUUCGUAAUCUCGGAUCAGCAGGAAGUAAAAUGAGAGGACUAUUUAAAUCCAGUAAAAAGGAUAAAAAGGCUUCCAUAAUAGCUUUGCCUACACAAAGCACAGGUGAUUUGACAGCAAGCAACGGUAAUAAUAGCAAUCAUAGGCCUGGGUUAACGAGUUCAGCCUCCUAUGGCUCGAAUUCACUAUCCACAAGUACACCACCAGUAACAGAUAGUGCGACACCAGAAUCACUUCAACAACAGCAGCACCAAACUACUGUGGACAAUAACAGAACAGACGAGAUGACGAACGAUAUACAUAUUGACGACUUCAACUAUAACAACAGCAACAACAGAAUAAGUGACGAUGCACCGCCCGCCAUUCAUUCUUCCGACAACACUGCUGCUCAAUUACAAGCCGAGCUAGAACACUUGAAUGAACUCAUUGCGCAAAAAUCGCAAGAAGUUCAGGCAGAAAAAUCCGUAAAAGAGCGUUUAGAAGCGGAUCUAUUAGAAGCUCAGCGUGUAUUUAAAGAAAGAGAGGUGGAGUACGCCAAUAUAGAGCACAGUUUCUUCGAACAUACACGGUCGGUUCGAGCUACAGAUGAUGAUCUUUCUACUAUUCGUGAUUCUUUUAAAUUAUUGAAAUAUUCUAUUGCAAGAUUGAUCAUGACAUUAAAUAAGAAAGCAGAUAAAGUGAAGGCAACCGAAAAAUUUUGUUCUACAUGGCCAGAUUUACCCAUUUUAUCCACCGCAUCAUCUGUGAACACUGCAACAUUACCCACGACAACAACUGAUAAUAACACGGAAAAUACUACAACAACGAAUGAUAAAGAUCAGCACCCGAACAAUAAUGAAACAAAUAUUUCUACUACUACCACCACCACCACUACUACUACUAAUACCGCCACUGCCACUACCACUGCCAUAGUCGAAACAGAAAAAUGGGUCGAUCCUUCCCUUACCAAUUUACUUGCUGAAAAGCUUGUUCAUGAACAUUUAGUCAAAUAUAUUUUUAGUGCACCUAUCUAUCCCGGUUUAAAGGUCAACGAUGCUUAUUUUGCGUUACAUUCAUGGUUGCAACAACAUAACUCCCAAUUUUCCGUUCGAUUACGACAACAAAUGGCUGCUGUUGUUGCUAAAUCUACCCGUGCAAACAACAACCAUAAUGCCUCCAGCACGACUACUGCAACCGUCACCGCGACGCCUGCUACAGCUACUAAUUCCACUGCUACCACUGCAGAUAGCAACAACACUAACAACAGCAACAAUAUGAGUGAAAUUCAGCAAGUGGCCAACAAGGAAAAACAAAAAAUUGCUCAAAAGAUCUAUGACGAUCUGGCAGAUAUUUACCAUCCUUUUAUAAGAGAAAAUGACGCUCAAGUGGAUGAUGAGAAUAAACGAUACUAUAGCAAGAUUUGUGAUAUUGUGGAUAAGGCUAUGAAGCUGACGUUGGCUAUUCGCGGUCAAGAAGUAGAGAUAAAAAUCAUACCCAUCGAAGAAGGUAGUAAGCAACCUUUUGAAGAAGAUACCAUGACAGAAGUCAAAGGGAGAACCCAGGGCUUGGUUCGAUUUUGUAUCUGCCCGACUUUCAUGGGAGGCGAUCGUGAGCAUGGGUUUUUAGAGAAGGGUAAGGUGGUUGUUUCGGGCCAAUAGCCUAUAGCUCCUGGCUACCGUUAGUCAUGCCUGUAUCUAGAAAUCGAUAAUUAUUACCAAUAAAAUUUCAUGUGUACAUCAAAAGUUUACAGAUAU